AUGUCUUUGGGACCCUUGGAAAGCAGCAGCAACAUUUCCUCCACCUUUCUGCUGAGUGGCAUUCCUGGGCUGGAGCACAUGCACAUCUGGAUCUCCAUCCCAUUGUGCUUCAUUUACCUGGUUUCCAUCCUGGGCAACUGUACUAUCCUUUUUAUCAUUAAAACAGAGCCCUCACUCCAUGAGCCUAUGUACCUUUUCCUGUCCAUGCUGGCUGUGACUGACCUGGGUCUGUCUCUUUGCACCCUCCCUACAGUGCUAGGUAUCUUUUGGAUUGGGGUGAGAGAUAUUGGUCACGAUGCCUGUUUUGCCCAGCUCUUUUUCAUUCACUGUUUGUCCUUCCUAGAGUCCUCUGUGCUGCUGUCUAUGGCCUUUGACCGCUUUGUGGCCAUUUGUCGCCCCUUGCACUAUGCUUCCAUUCUCACCAACACAGUCAUUGGCAGGAUUGGCCUGGUUUCCCUGGGUCGCAGUGUAGCACUCAUUUUCCCAUUGCCUUUUAUGCUCAAAAGAUUCUCCUAUUGUGGCUCUGCACUUCUCUCACAUUCCUAUUGUCUCCAUCAAGAAGUAAUGAAAUUGGCCUGUGCAGACAUUAAAGCCAACAGCAUCUAUGGCAUGUUUGUCAUUGUUUCAACAGUGGGUGUAGACUCACUGCUCAUUCUCUUCUCCUAUGCCCUGAUCCUACAUACUGUGCUGUCUAUUGCAUCCAGGGCUGAGAGAUUCAAAGCUCUCAACACCUGUGUUUCCCAUAUAUGUGCUGUGCUUCUCUUCUACACUCCCAUGAUUGGUUUGUCCAUCAUCCACCGGUUUGGGAACAAGGCACCUCAUCUUGUCCAAGUGAUCAUGGGCUUUGUGUACCUUCUAGCCCCUCCCCUGAUGAACCCCAUAGUCUAUAGUGUGAAGACCAAACAGAUCCGAGAUCGUGUGGCCCAUGCCUUUUGUUGUUAG